AUGGCUUUGCCUCAAAUAAAAUGGUUAAUUAAUUGGCUUAAGGAAAUUGACAUUCGGAGGAGUUUAAUGAAGCAUGCGAUUAAGAGGGAAUUCUUGCAAAUGAUGGGAACAACAAAACUGCAUGGAUGUUAUAGACUGUAUGCCGGAAAAACUUACGGUCAUUUAUUCUGGCUGCUCAUGGCUAUCUCAACGGGUGUAAUUUUUGUUAUCAUUAUAGCCGCAUUAACGAAGCAAUAUAAGGCGGGAGGUGUUAGGACACAGGUAGAAAUAGUAUACGAUUAUGCAGAUGGUCCAUCAAUAACGAUAUGCAGCCAUAAUCCUGUACGACGUGAUUACAUUGAAGAGCUGAAGAGAACGACAAAUUUUUCCAAUGAACUAUUGAUGUAUCUGUUACAUGCUUUUUUACGCCCAGAACAGUUUGUUGAAAUGGAUAUUAUGGACAGUCUUCUUGAGGGAGAAAGAUUGUUACAAGAUUAUAUGUUUACACAUAAGAAUUUUACUAUGGAAUCUUUCGUCAAGGAAGCUAGUUUCAAAUGUGAAGAGGCCUUUGUGCAGUGUGCUUUCGAAGGUAUCAUAUUCGAUUGCUGUAAUGAAAGAUACUCAGCCGCUGUACUCACCGACCUCGGAUAUUGUUUACAGUUUGAUUGGAACAAACUAAGCAAGGAUUUCAGCUCUUCCUAUCACUUUGGGUCCGUUCAUGGAUUCCAAGUGAUGCUUGAUUACCAGUCGUACAAUGAAAUUUACUUGGUGAAUUAUACAGGUAGCCGAAUAAGGCAACCGUUUCUGAACAACUUCGAACCUGGUUUUCGGUUGUAUGUCCAUGAUAAGGACAUUAUUUCAUACGUCAGUUCUGAAGUUCUUGUCGUCUCACCAAACAAUAAGUUGUCAGCAGGAUUAAAGCCUAUCAAAUACCACUUUUUGGACCGAUCUAAAGGAGGUACCUGUCGUAAUGCCUGGCCGUCAGCUCUACCGCACAAUUUUACGUAUUCUUCAUCAGCUUGCAAAGUGACUUGCAUAGCAAGGUAUUUUAUUGCGAACUGCGGUUGCAUCCCUCUCCAAUAUAACGUUAUGAAAGAAGGUAAGCUUUGCUCUCCGAAAGAGGUCUUCGACUGUGUUAGCAACUUCACAGAAAUUGCGAGUAUUGUGCAUAAUCUUACCUACUCCCCUUUGUGUCAAGAUUGCAUACUGGAAUGUAAUGCUUUUAUUUAUUUUACACAAAAUUCUAUUAUCCAUAACAUUCUUACCUCACUGGGUGAAUAUAUGGAAAGCUUGAAGCAGCACUAUAAUCUCAAUUACGUCAGGAACAAUCUGGCAGCCGUACAUGUGUUUUUUGCUUCAAAAAAGUAUAAAAUGUAUUCGCAGUCAAUACUUUCCGAUUUGUCAGAUUAUUUAAGUAAAAUUGGUAGCGAUAUGGGUCUGUUCUAUGGUGCUAGUGUCAUUUCGUUGUUUGAACUGAUUUUAGUGUUGUUCAAAACAAUUUGGGCACUUGCUUCACCAUCACGUGCUGCUUAUCUCAAAGAGAAAGCCAUGAAAGAGAUGGAAAGAAAACUGCGCAUUGAAGAAAUCAUAAAUGAAUAUUUCAUACCAAACAAAAUGAUUGGACAUUCCCCACAAACAGCUAAAUUCUACCCUGAAAGACCUACAAAGGAUGGCCUUUGCCAUGAUUAUCUGAUACACAACACUAUGUGUAGUAGCAGUGAUUAUCAAAUGCUUACUGUUGAAUCAACUAAGAAAGUAUUGCUGAAAAAUAAUGUUCAACUCACUAACAACUUGAGAUUCGUUCAUGACCAAAGUACUGUUGCGUCGUUUCAGCGCUCACGACGGGAAAUGAAUCGAAUGAUGUCGUUAGCAUUGACACCUGAGCAAGCUAAUACAAUUUUAGAGGCAGAAACAUUUGUUGAUUCAAUAUAUGUCCCAUUAAGGAGGGAUAAGCUGUUAUCUGCAGUUGGAGGUAACAACAGCGAACAAUGCAUUUCUAUGGUUUGA